AUGGCUGCAACUCCACCUCCUCGGGCGGUGCCUCGGGGAAUUUCAUUCAGGUAUGCCAGCCUGUAUUUCUGUUGUGCAAUUGAAGAGCAGGACAAUGAGCUGAUCACACUGGAAGUCAUCCACCGCUUCGUAGAGCUGCUGGAUAAAUACUUUGGCAGUGUGUGUGAGCUGGACAUCAUCUUUAACUUUGAGAAGGCUUACUUCAUUCUAGAUGAGUUCCUGAUGGGGGGAGAGAUCCAGGACACAUCUAAGAAGAGUGUCCUCAAAGCCAUCGAACAAGCGGACCUAUUGCAGGAGGAGGACGAGUCACCCAGGAGUGUGUUGGAGGAGAUGGGCUUGGCGUAGUACACAGCAGUGUCGUGAGAGACUAUAGAUACUAAGGUAGAGGGCUGGGUGAGAGGGGACAGGACAGAAUCUGGGAUUGAACAUACUUGGACUGACAGUGUUGGCUCUGUGUAUCUGUGGCUUUGGGGACUGAUGUACAGUGUUUAACUGGGGAAGAGACUCAGUUAAGAAUUGAAGAUCCUUGUACUGCACUGACAGGCCCUUUUUGUGUGUGCGUGCGUGCGUGCGUGCGUGCGUGCGUGCGUGCGUGCGUGCGUGCGUGCGUGCGUGCGUGUGUGUGUGUGUGUGUUCUAAUUGUGGGGUAGAGAAUAUGGGGUACACUUAAACUUUUGUGUGUCUGCAGGAGGGUUGUGUGUUCACAUUUUGAAGGAGGGAAAUGGAGUCCAGCUUUGCUUUCAGCAAGUUAAGAUAUGAGCCCACAGUGGAUACUCACGUUAGAGUCAUAGUGAGGCAGGUUUGCAGUUUGUUUGAUGCUUUGAACAGUCACACCUUGUUGUGAAUGUCAGGGAUUUGAGUAAUAAAAAAUUACAAAAAAAGUAACUGGGCAUCACUCAAUCUGUAAAUCUGAUGUUAUUCUAUAUAUUUUGUAUUUUCAACAAUUCUCAUGAAAAGACCAAAACCCUUGAUGUGUUGGUGUCCAUUUCUCAAUACUUUGAGGUCCCUACCCUGUCUGUAACUCUCAACCCCAAGCUCGUUGGUUCAUACUGAAGAAGAAAAUCUUUAAUAAUAACAGCUCACAAUUAUGUAGUUUCAUUGGUGAAAAAGGAUCAGUAAUUUCCUAAAAACAGGUGGAUACUGUAGUUUUUUAAAGUUACUUAACAAGGAUGAAACUUUGUUUGUUGGAGACAGUUUUCAGCAGUGGAUCAAUCCACAUUCGGUGCUCUAGUAUUUCCUACAGGACAGUGUGUUUGGUAUUGAGUCAAAAUAAACUACAGUGUGUGUGUUCAUGAUGAUGAAGGAAUGUGUCACUCUGUCUAACAGUGUGGCUAACUGAUGUGAUUUUAAUAGUUUUUGGACAACAUUGGAGCUCUGUGGCACAGAGGAAUAAGCUCUUUCUGGCCUUGGAUAUGCACAUACUACUUAGUAGGAUCAGUUCAUUGUUGAUUUGGAAAGCACAUGAGAUUUGUUAAUCAGAAAAAUCUAGAAUAUCAACAGACCUAUAAAGGCAAUUUCCUGUUUAUACAAUCCUGUUUUCGUAGCAUUUGCCAUUAUUCCUGUUGGUUAUGUAUGUGAUAAUAUAUAAACAAGGAAAAUAACACACAAUGUGCAGGUGAAAAUGCAAACUGUUCCUCCACUGAAGUAUUAUUAUCAACAUCAGGGCACACAGAAGUGCCAUUCUCACACAAUUCCAUUUAUGAGUGCAAAAGCUGUGUUCAAAUGAUUAUUCACUUUAAGUUUUGUUUGUAGUCUAAGUUUGGAUCUUUUAUUUUUGUAGUUUUGCCCGUCGUUCCUAUCAGAUAUUAAAACAUUGUUAACACAGGCAAACAAAAAAAGUUUUAACUAAAAUUUAACUAUAAUAAAUCAAAAAUGAACUACCAGUUUAGAGGAGAAAGCAAAAAUCAGUUCAAGUGAAAUGUAUGUUACAGUCAUCCAUUAUGUUAUAAAAUUGCAUGAGCAAACAAUCACUAUUAGUACUAUCAUUUAAAUUUGAAGCAGGAAGUAAGUCUAAGGGAGGAAGUGGAUAUUUACAGCAGUUUAGGUAAUAAGUUUAACAUUAACAUUCAUUCUCAGUUAUGAUUUAUAUAUUAUGGUGGUUAUGAUGGUUUGUGUUGUUGCCUCGUGCAUUACAUUGUAAAGCAAUAUAAAGUCAUUGUGUCCGCAGGCUUCAGCAAUGAAGAUGUAAGUGAAACAUUAUAAUAACCAACAGGAUUGAGGGCCAAAACUACAACAUAAAACAGAGGUUGUAAGAAAACAUUUUUUUUUCUGCCUCCACUCUGUAGUUGUUCUAUUACCACUUAAUCCAGAGGUGUUGUCAAAAAUAUCCAUGUCAUAUUAUUACAUUUGAUUACAUUACCAUGCUGAUGCUUUAAGAAUUUCUAUUGAAUUUUCUCAUAAAGGUGGAGUCAUACUGUUUAAAAUUCAGUCCUGUAUUUGUGAUUGGCCCAAACACAAUGGGCCUAGGGUAAUUAACUGCAUUGUGGAAUUGUGAAUAAUGAACCAAAGACAUUUGAGCCUAAAAUAGCUUGUUUACAUAUGAGCCAGUCAUAUGUACCGUAAGUGGACUGAUGUACCCGAUGAGAUGGAAAUUUUGAGUCCGUCUUAUGCAGUUUUACAAGGUGCAACUGAGAAUCACAUUCCACUUUAUUUUCAUCUAGGCAGCAGGAAGCAAACACUGAGAUCAAAUGAAAAGGAGCAGAAUUCAGUGUUGGAUUUGAAUUUGAAUUUUUUUUCCUGGUACUGGUACUACAUGUUAGAACUAGAUUGAAUUGAUUAAAAUAAUCAGAAUUUUAAACAAAUAUUAUCUUAAGGUCCCAUACAUAUUUUUACAAUGUUUUAACUAUUAAUUUUUCAAUGUGUGGUUGUUAAUGAUAUUGGUCGUCUAAAUUUGAUGUCUGUGUGAAAUGCAGGAAAAAGACCCACUGCUAGAGUAAUAGAAGUAAAGUAAAAUAGCAGGAUCAGAUAUAAAUGGUCUUCCUGGAAAAUCUUUCCCUGGAAAAACUGUAUUGAGGAAAAUAAAUUAUUUCAAGUUGUCUGCAAGCAGUCUUGUUCAUGUUCACUCACCUUGCCUCAUCAGACAAGAUAAGGUUUUCAAUAGAAAAAAUGUUUUACAGGAACUGGUUAGUGUCUGCAAAUUUUCACUGUCUUUAAUAUGUCUGGAAUAAUCAUUUUCCUACAAUUUUAACUGAUUAUUUCUUAUGUAGUGUCCAUGCAGUAGUCGUUUCUUCUGUUGAUUAAAGCUAGGCUAUACCCACAAAAAGUUUUUUGACAUCUAUAUUGAUACCUUUACACUCCAGGUACUGUCAGUGCUUUCAUAAAAAUAUUUAAUCUAUAAUAAUAGUUGGUCUUAUGAUACUGUAGGAACAAUAUAUCAAUUGUUCAUUUUACGCAACUGAAACGAUAAGAUGUUUUUGAAAAAAAAAUCUUUUCAUUCAUAUCACAAUAUUGAUUGUGAGGAAAAUCUUUCUUGCGUUGCCUCAAAACGUAUGCAUGAUUUCAUUAUACAUGGAUGUCAUUUAUACAGUGUUCUCUCAGGAAUUCUGGACAGACACCUCCUUCUCAUUUCUAAUAGUAAAUUCAUUUUCUUUGUUUUUUGCUUUCGUCAGAUACUUCGAUUGCAAUCUUUCUAAUCUAUGAAAGACGGUGGUUGUUGGAAAAUGGUGGAUGGUAGUAGAUGUGAGUAAAGGAAAGAUUUAAAAGUUGGUUGGAGGAGUGACUGUUUUUCUUCUCUCCAGGACUUUGCUGUAUCGCUCAAAAAGUUGCUUCAAUGCAACAUUGCAAAAUAAGGACUGUCACAGAAAGAUAUGUCUAUUUAUCUUUUCAAGUGAAAAUGUUCAGGAUGUUGAGCUUAUGCUUAAAGCUUAUACACUGUGUGAGCAGCUUGGUUCAAUUUGUUUUUUACUGUUCUCACUUGUUUUUGACUGUAUCUAGUGGUAUCCACCUGCAAAAAAUUGAAAAGGCAAAUGGUGAUUUUUCACUCCUGCAGUAAUGAUGUCCAUGGGGUUAGUGAAGCUUUUAACAACAUGUCUGUGCGCAUGGUUGCUACCCUGCAUAUCCUGCUUCUUGGAGCAUUGUUUGUUCACUUCUUUAGAAAGAGUUAGAUUUAGCUAUAUUCAAUGGCUCUUCCCACCCAGCAUCUGCUGGCAUGGUAGUUUGAAUAGGGAGGUAGUGCACGGGCCAGCGCGCAUAUUGUGCCCUCCACAUGUCCCUUGUAACAUGUUUUGUGAAGCCCCAGGAGGGAGCAGCCAUUGCAAACAUCUCAAAGAAAUCCACAAAGUGGCCAGGGAGAGAAGGAAUAGGAACAGGAGAAAGAGAAAAAGGAUGCAAUGGGGUGUUCAAGGCAAACAUGGUUUGCCAGCUUGGCUCAAGCAUUCAGACAUCCAGGCAUCGGGGCUUGGCAUCCAAGAUGAGAAAAUUAGAGUUAGGUUGGUGGUUGAGGGAUUUAAUGCUAGCACCGUAGAGAAAACCUAAGAUCCAAGAUUUGAAAUGGUUCAGGUCAGACCAAAGAUGGAGUUCAAAGAUGUUCCCAGGUAGGAAUAACCAUUAAGAUGAAGAUGAUUAGGGUUAGGCAAAUGCAAGAUGCAAUUAUGCCAAAGAAGGGUGUGGGCACUAUAUCAGGAUGUGAAGUCAGCAGCACACCCUAAACAGAAAGAAAGCACAACAACAACACCACAACAGACAGUUUGGAAGAGAACCUAAUAGAACCUAAUAGUCACUGCUGCUGCUUUUUCUGCUGUGAUUUCAACAUUAACAUUACAGUACAAGUAAUUACCUCAACUGUUGCCAUGUUCAGUCCUGUUUACCUUGUGGUAAAUCGGAAGUAAUCAAGAAUAAUAUUUUGGUGUUGUCCAGGGGUGAUUUAAUCCUGAUCUUCAUUCUCUUGGAUAUACUUUAUUAUCCUCCAGGUCCACUCGAAGUACACAGGCAGGUAUGUGAACAUUGCCAGUCUUGUCGUAGCCACUUGUAUACACGUGUGUUUAAAACGAUGAGCUUUAUACAUUCCAUUGCUCUGAUGAAGUUACUUUCAUGAUGAGGCUCAAUGAUGACAGACACACUCUAAAAAGUGGUGAGGUUGGCUCUUACUUAGUUCAUAAUUCAGCCUGAGAGGAAGUAAUUAAAUAGAUUGAGUUAAUACUAACAAAUAAAGUCCAAACAUCUUCAGAGGUGAUCAAAAAUCCUCAGUAUGUGUUCUUCAAAUACUGUUUUACCGCAGUCUUUCAAAUAAAAGUGGUAGAGAAUUGGAAAUCUUAACCUUUUGUUUACAUUACACUUGGUCAUGGAAACACAAGUGUGUUUCUUGUUGCCUUUAAAAUAUGUCAAAAGUUUGGCUGUGGCUAGAUUUCUGACCAUAAAUCGAUCAAGUUUCUCAUUCAGAAAUGAAUGAACUUUAUGCGACCUGCUGAUCAUGUUGAUUUGCUUAUUUGUAAAGAUAGAGAACUUCUAAGUGAAUAUUUGAUUGUUACUGCAGCACUGCCCUUUAAGAAGGUACUACAUCCUCUAAUGACCUUUGAGCAAGUAUAAUGAUCUGGCUGCAGGAAUUUCUGCCUAAACUUGUCUAGAGAUAGGUCAAACGGCACUGCAGAGUCACUUAAACUGAAGCUCUGUUGUCAGUACACAGCAAUGAGUAACCCUUUGUUUUCAUGUGCUGAACUCUGAAUGAUGGUCCACGUUGUAAGAGUAAGGGCUUACUGUUUGAUUGUUUUCUACAGUGUUGAUGAUGUAGAAUGAUGUACGAGGUCAGCAUGUAGCGGAACAAAUGAAAAGGAAGAGCAUGGGGAAGAGAGGCAGAAUAUAUGUUGAGUUAUGAUCUGCUGCAAAUGGCUGCAAAACAAAGACCAGAUUGUUGACUAAUGUAUGUGGACCAGCAUUAGGUAUAAAUUAUUGGAGUUCUGAGAUAAUAUUAAGUAUUCUGAGAAAAAUGUUAAGUCUUUCUUCAGACUUGUAACUUAAAUCGUAAUUUUGACUAUGAUCUCACAAUUUAAAUAUAUUUUGUUCCUGUGACCCUAUAGGCCUUAGUAUGCUUUAAACAAACUCGAUAGUACACCAGUUGUCUAGCCACAUCUAAAGCAAACAUAUUUCAUGUUUCUGUCCACUGUCAUAACCUCCUGGCUGCACCUCACUGCCUCCCUGAUCUCUCUCCAAGAAAUUUGUUUCUGUUGUACAGUUAGGUGCGUAAGGAUUUAGACAGUGACACAAUUUUGGUAAUUUUGCCUCUUAAUACCAAAACUGAUUUGAAACAAAGCCAUCAAGAUGUGACUGAAGUGUAGAUUUUCAGCUUAAAUUCUCAAGGGGGUUUAACAACAAUACUGCAUUAACCGUUUAGGAAUUACAGCCAUUUUUAUACACAGUUCCUCAUUUUCAUAUGCCCAAGAGUAAUUGGAAAAACCAACAUAAUCAUACAUAUCAGGAUUAUUUUUAAUACUUGGAUGAAAACCCUUUACAUUAAUUGACUGCCUGAAGUCUGUAACCCAUGGACAUCCCCACAUGCUGAUUUUCCUCCCUUGAGAUUUCCAAGGCCUUUACUACAACCACCUUCAGUUGCUGCUUGUUUGUAGGUCUUUCUGCCUUCAGUUUUUUCUUCAGUAAGCGAAAAACAUGCUCACUUGGGUUGAGGUCAGGUGACUGACUUGGCCAUUGAAGAAUAUUCAAUUUCUUUGCCUUGAGAAGCUCUUGGGUUUUGGCAGUACAUCUGGGUCAUUAUCCAUAUUUACUGUGAAGCACUGGCCUAUCAGUUUUGCAGCAUUUGGCUGAAUCUGAGCAGAUAGUA